UCAAAUCAUUGUGGUUGGCACAGAACGGGUGUAGUAACCUAAUGGUUAGGUUCUCUGGGUUUAACCAUUUGCCCCUGUAGAUUCAGAAGGGCGUCAUGACGCAGUAGGACUGCCCGAUAAACGCACUGAGCGCAACAAUCGACCUAACCUGCUCAGUGAAAGAUUCACGCCGGCCAGGGGUGUACGAAGAACUUAUUAAGAGCCAGCAGUCUCCAUGAUUAGCGGGAAGAUGCUCAGACUGAGCAGUGGGCUGCAGCGCAUUGUGCCAAUUGCACGCAUUCAUGUUCAUUCCAGUCAUCGCACAGCCUCCCGUACUGCCCCUGUCAUAAAGCAUGCAGAACGUCAGCUGACCCCUCAGGAGCUGUAUGCCCGUGAGGACAAGUAUGGUGCCCACAAUUACCAUCCUCUACCUGUGGCUCUGGAAAGAGGAGAAGGUAUUUACGUCUGGGAUGUUGAAGGCCGCAGGUACUAUGAUUUUCUGAGUGCAUACAGUGCCGUGAACCAGGGCCACUGCCAUCCUAAAAUCAUUGCUGCACUCAAUGCCCAGGCUUCCAAAUUAACCCUGACAUCCCGUGCUUUCUACAAUGACAUUCUGGGUGCCUAUGAGGAAUUCAUUACUACCUUGUUUGGCUAUGACAAGGUUCUGCCCAUGAACACUGGUGUUGAGGGUGGAGAGACGGCCUGCAAGCUUGCUCGCAAAUGGGCUUACAGUGUGAAGGGUAUUCCAAAAUACAAAGCCAAGAUCAUUUUUGCAAGUGGAAACUUCUGGGGUCGGACUAUGGCAGCAAUAUCAAGUUCAUCUGACCCGAGCAGUUAUGAUGGAUUUGGUCCAUUCAUGCCUGGGUUUGAGCUCAUUCCCUACAAUGAUAUCCCGGAAUUAGAGAAAGCCCUUCAGGACCAGAACGUGGCAGCCUUUAUGGUGGAACCCAUCCAAGGAGAGGCUGGUGUGGUGGUUCCAGACCCUGGUUAUUUGACCAAAGUCCGCGAGUUAUGCACACAACAUAAUGUGCUGUUCAUUGCUGAUGAAGUGCAAACUGGGUUGGCCCGCACUGGCAGGCGGUUGGCAGUUGAUCAUGAGUCUGUCCGUCCUGACUUGGUGGUUCUUGGAAAAGCCCUGUCAGGUGGUGUCUAUCCUGUAUCAGCUGUGCUCUGUGAUGAUGAGGUGAUGUUGACCAUCAAACCUGGAGAGCAUGGUUCCACUUAUGGAGGAAAUCCUUUGGCCUGCAGAGUUGCCAUUGCUGCUUUAGAAGUCCUGGAGGAGGAAAAGCUGGCUGAAAAUUCUGAAAAGAUGGGCCAGCUGCUUAGGACUGAACUGAUGAGGCUGCCUAAUGAUGUUGUGACCACUGUCAGAGGGAAAGGACUGCUGAACGCCAUUGUUAUAAAGGAGACUAAAGACUAUGAUGCAUGGAGAGUUUGCCUUCGUCUCCGUGACAAUGGCUUGCUGGCCAAGCCCACUCAUGGUGACAUCAUCAGACUGGCCCCACCCCUCACCAUCAAAGAGGAUGAGAUCAGGGAGUGCGUUGAGAUCAUCCAGAGGACAAUCCUGUCCUUCUGAACCAGGGUCUGCAUGUUCAGCCCAACACUUAAAGGCUUCUUUUGUAAAAUUAAAUGAAGUAAGAAUGAGAAGAUUCAAGUUCUCCCGGGAUGGUACUUUAAGCGUUUGCCUAUGAAAUAUUAAAAUUAACUGUUACCCGCAUAGUUGCAACAGUUUUCAGCAAUGUUACAUGGAGACGAGCUUGUGAUUAGCUGAACAGGUCAAAUGAAUAUUAUAUACACCUUGAAAAGGUCAGGUAAAAAAAGGGAUGUGCAUUCAAACAAUUUUCAUUAAUGUAUUUAAAUAGCAGAGAAUAAAGCUGUCUAGUUGUAUGUUGGCUCAAGAAAAGCAAAGAGAAAAGGGAAUGACAUCAAAGCAAAUAUUUUUUUAACCAAACGUUUUAGACGUUUUACAGAUUAUAGUGAAACUCUUCUGAACAGUGUAAACUCCUUUUGAAACAGUGAAAGUGCUCUUUCCACUUUUAAAUAUAAUAUAAUAUCCAUUGAUAUUUAUAUGUAAAGGCUAUAGGGGACAUACACCCACUUUUAAGGAUGCCUGUGCAAUUCCUGGUUCCUGAAUCAACACUUACCUCUCAUCUUCAUAUUGAGGUUUCACUGAGUAAUGAGACUACUAUUUGCAUUUCCCGAAAAGAAAAGAAAGAAAAAACAGGUCCUUUACAAUGUAAUUAUUUGUAUUACAUCUUUUAAGUGUUGUCAUGUUUUCCUUUGUGGGUCAUACACUGUGUUUUAGAGGGAAAUAUAAGAGAAAAUAAGUGUUUAAACUGCUCCAAAAGUCAUGACUUUUAUUUAAUUGCAGAAUAUUUAUUUCCUCUGUGGAAUUGUACACAGAGACGUAUGUGCUGUUACAUUUGCAUAGAUUUCAGUGGUAUCAAAUUACCUAAUUUGUUCAUAUUUAUAAUUGGUGAAAAUAUUUUUGCUUUCAAUAGAUGUUUGAAGGAGAUUCUGUAUACUGUUUGAAAUACCAUGCCAGUUGUCAUUUCAUUUCCCAUGGUAGCUUUAUAGCCUUCACGUGCAUAAAUAAAUGGAAUUGAAUUGAACUAAA